AUCGAUGAAGCGUCACAACUCUACACUUCUCCAAAGAAGCUUGAAGCAACGGUUUGAAAGCGCGAAAUAGGAGGACAAAUUCAGCAUGUUAUCGUGUCUAGUAUUGUCUCUAGCCAUCGCUGUUGCCAGCGCAAUGCCGGCAAACAUCAAUCCGUUAUCACAAGAAGCUAUCGACUACAUCAACAGUCUUGAAGAAAUGACUUGGAAAGCUGGCAAGAACUUUGAUGAUUCUGUCUACACAAUUGACGACAUCAAAGCGAUGUGUGGAGCUUUAAAAAGCCCAGUACCUUUACUAAAAAUCCGUGAAUCCCUUGGUGCCAUGGAAAUACCUGAUAACUUUGACUCCAGGGAAGAAUGGUCAAACUGUGCCAGUAUUAAAGAAGUCAGGGACCAAGGCUCAUGUGGAAGUUGCUGGGCAUUUGGUGCAGUUGAAGCAAUGACUGAUCGUUUUUGUAUCCACUCUAAGAACAAGGAUACACCUCACAUCUCUGCAGAGGAUCUUCUAACUUGCUGUGAUUCUUGUGGAGCUGGUUGCAAUGGAGGUUACCCAGAAGCUGCUUGGCAAUAUUGGAAAAACGAUGGUAUCGUAACUGGUGGUCAGUAUGGCUCUCAUGAGGGUUGUCAGCCUUACCUCAUCGCUAAGUGCGACCACCAUGUUGUUGGCAAGCUUCUACCAUGUAAAGGAAUACAGCCAACACCAGAGUGCAAACACAAAUGUGAAGCAGGAUACAAUGUAAGCUACUCUGAUGACAAGCGUCACGGAAUGAGUGCUUAUUCAGUGGGAAGUGAUCCAAGUGAAAUCCAAAAAGAGAUCAUGACUAAUGGUCCAGUUGAAGGAGCAUUUACUGUCUACGCUGACUUCCCAACCUACAAAAGUGGUGUCUAUCAACACAAAAGCGGUGGAGAAUUGGGUGGUCAUGCUAUAAAGAUCCUUGGUUGGGGAGUGGAAAAUGGUACACCAUACUGGCUGGUUGCUAACUCAUGGAACCCUGACUGGGGUGAUAAAGGUUUCUUCAAGAUCCUGAGAGGCAGUGAUGAGUGUGGAAUAGAGUCUGGAAUUGUUGGCGGCAUGCCAAAGUUCAACUAAGAAAGUUAUUAAGCUCUAGUUUCUGUUCGUUAUGUUGACUAUAAUGAUGAU